AUGGAUGCGAGAUUGAAGAAGCGUGUUUGUCUCCAGGAGGAACUCCAAUCUCUUCUCUGCAAUACGAACGAGAGGAGUAUGACCACAAGAGUCGUUAACCUUUCGAAGAGGAUUCUCUCACCAGCCGAAAUCAGCCUGCUGUCCAAGGGAAUCGGAUUUAAUCAUACGGAUGCCACGCCUACCAACUUCCUAGCUGGCCUCGAGUCAGUUCUACUGGCCUCAGCCCUUCCAGAAGACAGGCGCGCAGACAUACGCAGCUGUGCCACUGGUAUCCUUCGGCAAAAAAGACGCCAACAAACCCUACCGGCCGAUGAAGCACAAGGAUUACAAUCACUGAGAUCGGACCACAAUAUUGUUGUUGUUCCCGCUGACAAGGGUGGCGCUACUGUCGUCAUGGACAGAAUUGAAUACGUCAACAAGGCGAAUGGAAUCUUCGGUGACGUAGCGUCCUACACCCUUCUUGCCGAAGACCCGACGAAAAAGCAAGCCGCUGCCAUCAAGAAAAAGGUUAAUGAGCUCACUCGUCUGAAAGUCAUAAGUCCAGAUGAUUCCAAGCUGAUGACCCUCAGUGAUCCCCAUAUCGCACGCGCGUAUGGUCUCCCAAAAGUGCAUAAAGUGGACGCCCCACUGAGGAUUAUUGUACCACUCAUCGGAUCACCUACGUACAAUAUAGCUAAGUGGUUGUACAAGCAUCUGAAGCAGUUAACCCAUGGAUCUGACUACAGCAUCAACAAUUCUCUCGCGUUCCUCCAAAGGAUCCAAGGACUCGAAGUAAGUGCCGAUGAAUGCCUCCUGUCCUUUGACGUCGUUGCCUUAUUUUCUUCCAUACCACACGAUUUGGCAAUUGACUGCGUAGCCCAACGCUUACAGGAGAAUCCUAUUGAGAUUCCAACUCAGCAUAUUAUAGAACUGCGCAAACUCUGCCUUAGAAACUACUGUCAAUUCGAUAAUAAGUUCUACCAACAGGUAAAGGGAACCCCAAUGGGCUCGCCAAUAUCUGGACUGCUCGCAGAACUUGCAUUGCAGCGACUAGAAAAGGAGGUUUUCCAAGAUCUCAGCCCCAAAGUGUGGCUUCGCUAUGUAGACGAUACCUUUGUCGUGAUAAAGAACUGCGAAGUUGAACGGCUGCAUCAGAGGCUGAAUGACGUCUUCCCGGCCAUACAGUUUACUCGUGAAGAGGCAAUAGGGGACAGCCUGCCGUUUCUUGAUGUGAAAAUACAAAGGCUGAGCGAUGGUAGUCUCGCGACGAGCGUCCAUAGGAAAGGAUCUAAUUCCGAAAUUAUCCUCAAUUAUGGAGGCAACCACCCCGCAGCUCACAAAAGGAGCUGCGUUCGAACUCUGUUCCACCGGGCCUAUCGGUAUUGCAACAGCGACGAUCUCCUUAAGAAAGAGCUUGCCUACUUGUAUCGGUUGUUUCGAUCCAACGGAUAUCCGACAAGUUUCGUAAAGAACUGCCUCAGACACCAGGCACAACCGCAGGCUCCCACCCU